AUGUUUUCCGUUUUCAGUAAAGACCAUGCCACUGCCAUCGCCCACAAGUGUACACCUAGCAUCGAGCUACAAAAGGUUGAUCUAAAGAAGCGAGGCACGCCGAACCCGGCCGACUACGCCAAAUGUGCCUUUUGCUCGACGACGGUGUCCAUUCUCGAGUCGAUCACCUGCCUUCACUGUCGUGGCCGCUUCUGUCUCACCCACCGCCACAAGGCUGACCACGACUGUGAGUCGCUGGGGAAAGCCUCCCCGGAUGAGGUGCUCGCCCAGGCGGCCCUCCAGCAGAGGAAAACUGCCGUGGAGGGCAUUCUGCAGAAGCUUCAGAGCAGUGGCGCCGGUGUUACGGUGAAGAACCGCGGCAAAAAGAAUGACGCUCUCGCUCAGCGAGUUGCCGCCAUGAAACUCAAGUCGACGGCUGCCGGUCAGGCGUCCAUUCCCGAGGAGGAGCGCAUCUACUUCAGCGUCUCAUUUGUUCCUAACGAGCCGCUCUCCUUUGGUCAGGAAGACAAGCAGUCGGUGGUCAAGGAGCGGCCCAUCUUUCUCUGUCGCGAGUGGACUGUGGGUCGGUGUGUCGACUGGAUUGCCGCCCAAUUCUCACUGGUCAAUCGGAACAAUGAGCCCAAGGCGGCGAAGCUGGUGCUUACCAAGCAGGAGUUACUUGAGCAAGGCUCUACCACUUCUUCGGAAGCCGUCGUUCGCUGUUGCUCUCGAAACGCCGACAACCUCCAUCUUUGCUUCAGUCACGAGCUGAGGGAGCUCGAAAGCGCAAAAGUGAUUGCCAACACUGAUCGACUGCUGGUCACGUACUUUGAUUUGUAA